AAUUGAUAUUUUUGGUGCAUGCGCUUGGCUUGAAAUAAAUAACUGGAAAAAAAAUAAAAUUUGGUAUUCCUUCUAGCUAUUAAAAAUAAUGAUUAAAGAUAAAGCAAUGACAAUAACCACUGUUAUUAAAUGAACGGUUAAAGAUUAUUGAAAUGGUAAAAGGCAAUUCAAAAAACAACAAAUGGAUGCGAAGGUAUAGAACAUUUUUCCUCAUCGGAGUUGUGAUCCUAUCCUUCCAAAUAUUCCUAGCCCUAAAAUUCUUGUCGAUAAAUAAAACAGCAGUCGAGCCCAAAGACAACAAAUGGCUUUCCAUGAACUUCGAAGAAUUGGAUCAAGAAAUAGAAAUACAUUCCUCUGACAAUUUCAAAGCAAGCCAUGAUUAUGAAGUCAGUGCAGCGAUACAAAAAAGUAAACAAAAAGACAAAGCCAACUACACUCAUUUACUGAAAUAUGACGAUUUGGAUUUCGUGCCCGUUUGCCAGAUUUCGGCGAAAGAAGCAGUUUCUGCUAUAAACAGGGCUAAGACACAGCAAUGCAAACAAAUUAUAGCGAACAUUACUUGUUUGUCGAACAGAAAUGAUUUGUACCCAAAAGAAUUGAAAAGUACUUGCCCUACAGGUGAAUUCGUGGCUGGUAGGGACUUGGGAUGUUUUAAAGAUGAGAAAAAUUUCAGACUCCUUACAGGAUAUUUUGGAGUCAACAAGAAUGAUAAUUCUCCGAAAUUUUGUAUUAAAUUGUGUCUGCAAUCUGGUUUUCCAUAUGCAGGGGUGCAGUAUGGAAAUGAAUGUUUUUGUGGCAUUGAUGACCCACCAUUAACUUUGAAAAUUCCCGAUUCUUCUUGCAAUAUGAAAUGUCCCGGUGAUUCACAUGCAACGUGCGGUGGAAACUACACCGUGAAUAUAUAUCAUACAGGAAUAAAAAGGUUUAUUCCGCAAAACGCUAUAUCAGAAUCAAGCAAUGAUACCAAAAAACCUGUAAAAAUUGUGUUCCUAUUAACUUUAAAUGGUAGAGCUUUAAGACAAGUAAAAAGGCUGUUGAAAAUACUGUAUCAUAGGGAUCAUUACUACUACAUACAUAUAGAUAUUAGACAAGAUUACCUAUAUAGGGAACUUUUACACCUCGAACAAAUCCUACCGAACGUGCGUCUCACGAGACAACGCUUCGCUACUAUAUGGGGCGGCGCUUCGCUACUCGAAAUGCUCAGAUCCUGCAUGUGGGAGCUGUUGAACAUCAAAGAUUGGAAAUGGGACUUUGUACUUAAUCUCAGCGAAAGCGAUUUCCCCGUGAAACCCAUCUCGAAACUGUCCGAGUUUCUGAGCUUAAAUAAAAACAGAAAUUUCGUGAAAUCUCACGGAAGAGAAGUGCAACGUUUCAUCCAGAAACAGGGUUUGGAUAAGACGUUCGUCGAAUGCGAGUACAGGAUGUGGCGUAUCGGCGAUAGAACGUUACCAGCUGGCAUACAGUUAGAUGGAGGUAGCGACUGGAUUGCCUUAUCACGCAAUUUCGUCGAGUACGUAGCUCAACCCUAUCCGGACGACCUAAUCGCUGGGUUGUUAAGAAUCUUCAAACACACUCUAUUACCGGCCGAAUCGUUUUUCCAUACCGCUUUACGGAAUUCCAAAUUCUGCGAUACCUACAUCGAUAACAACCUACACGUGACCAACUGGAAACGCAAAUUGGGCUGCAAAUGCCAGUACAAACACAUCGUCGAUUGGUGCGGCUGCAGUCCCAACAAUUUCCGACCCGAUGAUUGGGCUAGGAUACAAAACACCCUCGUCAGGCAGCUGUAUUUCGCGCGAAAAUUCGAAUCUACCGUCAAUCAAGCGGUCAUUCUACAAUUGGAACUGUGGUUGCAUAAUCUGGACUCUCCUAGCAAAGAGGUUCCUAAUCUGCACGGAUAUUGGCAGAGCAUAUACCAUCACAGAGACUUAGAGAUUAAUCAAAACGAUGGUUUGCUGACUUUAAGCAACAGCGUGAAGCGAAGCUACUUAAAAUCGCUCAAAGAUCCCACCGAUUGCGAUCUAACCUUAGUAGAAGUGACGUCGUAUCACCACAACGAUAGUUACAUCUAUACUUUGUUUAUGUACAGUUUGGCAGCUGACAGAGUAGAGAUAGCCGUCAAACCGAAACGUCGUUUGUCGUUGUUGAAAAAUUCGACAUUGAUGGAUCGAUUGGAUUUGCUAAUGGUUACCAGCGAUUACGAUCAGAAGGAGCAGCUUUCUAGAAACUUUUUGCGGGUUUUGACGCCGUUUUCGGAACCGGUAUUGGUGUACGGAUUCUCGCGAUGGUCGUCCAAUUCCAGGGUUUAUAAUUUGACUUCGAUAUGGGUAGGACCUGAUGGGCAUUUGUAUGACGUCGUCGAGUUUUUUGUGGAUCAGUCUUCUGUCGCUGGGGGCGUUAAGAGCGGAUUGAAGCAGCCGAUUUUACCAGGCACCUGGAGCGUCAAAGUGCUGUACAAAAACACCCAACUAGCCGAAGUCAAAUUUCCGAUAUUACCGCUUGACACGUACAACGGCUCUCCCGCCAAAGUCCACCAACUCACAUAUCUCAACAGAGGCUCAAAAGAAAAAAAAGACUUGAAGAAUUCCCUCUUCGACAAAUUCCUGCCAUCUACUGAACAAAAACAACAUUUACGAGCUACGAGCGAUCUGAAUACCCAAAAAACUGGCGACGAGCUCGCCGCAUGGAUCGAUCAACUUUUCGCGAUGUUUUACAAAAUCGCACAAACGUGCGGGACCAUUUGCGGUCUACAGUUAGAUAGUUGCGAACAAACGCAUUGGAGCUCCUUAGCUCCUGAUCCCAAGAGUGCCAUAGGGACUAGUAAAGGGACUACUGGGUCUUUCGAUGUUUGGUAGACACUUUAUCGGCAUGCAAAAUUAUGAAAUUGAUAGUACAUAUUCCUAAUCGAUUGUUAAGAGUAUCAUUACUGUAGAAAGAGCCAAUCCCGCCCAAAAUAGUGUAAGCUAAGGACUGAAGGCAGAAACAGGCAGAGUGUGGGGUCGGUCAAGUUGACGCUUUCUUCAGUAAUUUACCCUUACUAUUCGUAAAUAGAAUCCUUGUUAAUCCACAGCUAAAGAGAACGUUACUACUAUAAAAGAAGGCAAGUUAGCGCAAUGGAUACCGCACUUGGCCAAUUUAACAUUUCCUAGAGCUGAAAGAAUAUCAAAUCGGUUAUAUUCAGUGUUAACGGGUCUCGAGUCCGCCUACAAGGCCCAUAGGGUUUGCAACAUCCUCAUUUUUUGGAUCAGCAGCUUAUUUCAAAUGUCACACAAAAAGUUGCCCUUUCAUUCCCACAUAAAAUUAAUUUGAUUAAAAUCAAUCAAUCCUGUACGAAAAAAUUCCGUAAAAUCUGUCUUGCAUAAGAUCAAUCCCACUUAAAUCUCUCACAUAAAAUCAAUAUCCCAUAAAAUAUCUCCCACGUAAGAUCAAUCCCGCAUAAAACAUGUCCUACAAAAAAUAGUUACCACAUAAAAUCUUUUCCACACACAAUAAGGUUCCUUUGUAAAACUUGUACUGCAUAAGAUUAACUUCAUAAAAUAUGUCCCACGUAAGAAUAAUCUUGCAUAAAACCUGUCCUAUAUAAAAUAUUUUCCGCAUAAAAUCGAUUCUGCAUAAAAUAUGUACCACAUAUAAAUCUGUCCCGCAUAAGAUUGACCACAACAAAGGUCCUGCAUAAAAUGUGUAACACAUAAAUAUGUCUCGCAUAAAAUGUGUGCAUGAGAUCAAUCCCACAUAAAAUAUGUCCUAAAUAAAAUCAUUUUAAAAUAAAAUUUUCUAAAUUCUUCAAUGCAAUUUUAUACAAUCCUCGACAUCACUUUUUUACUCGAUAUGGCCUUAAUGGCAGCUUAUCUCUGACAUUAUUUAGACCACAUAAAAUAUGUCCCAUACAAGAUCAAUUCCAUUAAAAUGUACCACAGAAAAUAGUUUCCGCAUAAAAUCUCCCACAGGUUCUGUAUAAAAUAUAUACCACAUAAAAAACAAAAUCUGUCCCUAAUAAAAUCUAUUUCAAAUAAAAUAUAUAUAAAAAAUUCGCAUAAAACAUGUCCUAUAUAAAAUUGAUUCUGUAUGAAAUCUGUCCCACAUAAAAUCGAUUCUAUACAAAAAUCUGUACCACAUUGAGAUUAAUACCAAAAAAUAUGUCCCAAAUAAAAUCAAUUAAACAUAAAAUGUUCUAAAUUCUUCAGUGCAAUUUUAUACAAUCCUCGACAUCAUUUCCUGACUCGAUAUGGCCUCAACGGCUGCUUGUCUCUGAAUCAAAUAAAAUCUAUCCCACGUAUUCUGUAUUUAGACGGUACCACAUAAGAUCAAUCCCACAUAAAAUAUGUCCCAAAUGAGAUCAAUGAAACCUGCAUAAGAUCGAUCCCAUAUAUAACACAUUUAGUUUUAAUUAAUUUUAUGUGGGAUAUUUAUUUUUUCUUGGGAUAACAUUUAUUUUAUGUGGGAUAAAAUUAAUUUUUUGAGGCAUAAAAUCUAUUUUAUGUGAGAUACAAUUUUAUAUGGGAUAAAAUUAAUUUUAUAUGGAUUAAAAUUAUUUUUUUGAAAAUAGUAGUUAUCCCACAUAAAUUAAAUGUGGGAUAACAACAGCGUGUUAUCAUCGCACAAUGUUGUCAACCCUAUUGCGUUCUGAUAAAAAAUGAGUGAGGCGGAUUUUAUGAAUGGACGGGAUUACUGACGUUUUGUAGUUUGCAAGCCGAUAAUCAUUUGUUGCCUUAUGAAUGUGAUAAAACUUGGUGCUCAAUUAAUUUUAUAAUAAAUGUCGACUGAUUAAAAUUUUUUCGAAAUUGCGUUCACAACUUUGGUCAAAUAUCACAAGUCUUUAUUUUUUUAAAACGCACGACGUAAAUUAUUUGUACAUAUUUAAUAAAAUUCAAGAGAAAAAUAAAUUGUAAUUAUUUUAUUCCGAAAGAAGUUGUGGACGAAAUGUAAAAUUGGAUUUAUAUUAAAUUCUAGGAUAUAACCGACCUCUCAUUUGUUAACCCGUAAUUUUAGUAGUAACUGGAUCAAGUUAGUGAUGAAGUCAAAUUAAUUUCACAUUGAAUGACGUUUUCAGCAUCUGAAUCGGAUGAAUAAUAACAAAGAUAUACGAUUGUGUCUUUUAGGCAAUGUUGCAACAUGUUUUUUUAUAAAUAUAUAAUUUGUUUCCAAACAAGACAAUAAUUGUCAUCAUGGCAACCACCCAAACUUCAUCUCUUUUGCCUUCAAACCGAACCAGCCUAAUAGCAAAUGAAAUGACAUUUUUGACAGCUAUGGUAGCUUGUUCGGAAUCAUUUUAGACUCUGACGGUUGGUUACAAUGAUUUUGACUUGGCAACGCUGAAAAAACAUCUGAGCUUGACGAAAAGAAAAUGUAAGUUUUUCAAAACGUGCUGAUGCGAAUUUUGCAUCUAGAUUUUAUGUCUUAUGAUUUCUUAUCAAACAUGGUCUACUUUACUAAAUUACUAUUGGAAGUAAUUCGAACUACAAAUCAUUACUAUAGUUGACGAUUUCUCUCAAAGUGACAAGUAUAAAUACGGUAUAUCCAAUGACAGACGACAUGAUAACAAUUAGGCAUUCCAAACAAAUGAAUUACCAGUGGGCAGGUUUGGUAUAUCUAAGGGUGGCGACAUUUGGUGUAUUCUAUCUACUUUACGUAAAAUCAUGAAUAAUUGAUUACAUUUAAAUAUUUUAUGUCAAACACAAUAAAAAUAAUAUUUAAAAAACCCACCUAUACAUUUCUUCAUAAAUUGGCAGGCUUGGCGAGUACUACUUCGAAUAAAAAUAGCGUCCAAGUUGCAAGACUAUGUCGCUACCCCCUUAAAUAUACAAGAAUUUCCCACUGGCACCUAUUGUUUGACAGGUCGUUGGAAUGCCUAAUUAGGCAUUCCAAACUGAAUGGCUACCAGUGGGUUAUGAUAUGGCAAAAUUAUGGCAACCCUGUAGGCCUGGUGAUUUGACAAGGUCAAUUAAAUAGAUAGUUACAUAGAUUGAUUAUCCAUAUUUUUCAAAAUAAACAUAAGCGUAUGCCUUGAACUAAAAAUGUAAGCAAUUAUUUUUUUUAAAUAUCUAAAGGCUAAAAAUUGGUUUUAAAACAUAUUUUUGCUAAACCGAUUCAAAUUAAUAAAUAUUUGCCAAGCAAUAUGGCCGCUCCUAAACGACCAGCUUUGAGCAAUCUAUAUAACUAUAUAUGUAUCAUUGACCAUGUUAAUGACAACGUGACAACAGGAUUGCCAUAUCUAAACUGUCAUUACCCACUGGUAGCCAUUUGGACAGGUCGUUGGAAUGCCUAAUAGAAUGUAACCUUUUGACGUAAUUUUUCAAAAUUAAAUUUAAUGACAGUUGAUAGAUGACAGGUUCUAUGCACGUUGCCAAAUCUUUAUGUAUUUACGAGUAUUUAAAAUCAGUUUUAUGUAGGACUUGUGUUUAAUUAAUGAGAAAAAUUAUCGGGUUAACAAAAAGAGGUCGGGAUUACUGUAUUGCCAGUAAUGUUAUCUUUCAAAGUUUGACCAAUAAAAUUAUGCAUAUCAAUGAUUUUUUUACUUACCUUCAUCCAUUCAUUUAGCCGUGCCAGUCGUAAAUUUUAAAUCCUCUGCAUAAAAACCAUAUAAUAGGACUAGGAUGAAAACCUUGCGAAAUGGAUACAUCAAUAAGAAUCGAAUAUAAGUUUAAUAAGUAAUUAAAUAAUAUCGAUUAAUCUAAUAAUCCGAUUAUUCGGAAAUAAUCAAUUUAACGAUUAAUCGAAAUUAUUCGAUUUUCUAUUUAUAACUGAUAAAUGGAAAAUAAUCGAUCUCGAUUAAUGGAAUAAUCGAUAACAAUCUAUUAAUCGAAAUCAAUUUGGACGUUGCGAGAAUUUUUAAAUAAAACACUAUUUAAUUAACAACCGCGGUUUUAUUACUUAAUUCCGCAACAACUUCGUGGCAUCUCUUACACAAUGCGUCAUCUCUAUCUGAACUUACUUUUCUGCAUCUCGGACACAAGUGAUUCGAACUUUUAGAAAUAUUAAUUUUAUAAUCUUCACCGUCCAUUUCCCCUUGGAUUAUACUCACUUGGGAAACUUGAAAUACAUCCACUAUCUGGGUUUCCAAAUCUUUUAACGAAAUCACAUUCUGAAAAUGACAGAAUGACAAUUGAAUAUUACCUUAGUUAAAAUUGAAAAACUUAACAUUGUAGAAAGUAAUGAUUGUUAAAAAAGGAUUCGAUUAUAAAAUAAAUCGAUUGUAAAAAGCAUCGAUUGUAAUGAAAUAAUCCAUUGGGAAAAGUAUCAAUUGUAAAAAAUAGAC